CUUCGUCAAUGCCUCGACAACGCGCAGCGCUAGUGAGGCACGCCGAGCGGGGACUGCUGGAGACUUCCUGGGCUUGUUAGUUGCCUUACACGCCUGUCCGGCUACACUGUCUCACCCGAGUGGACAUUUACGAGUCUGUUCGACCCCAACACGUUCACGGAUAAUGCCCACAAUAAAACUACAGAGCUCCGAUGGGGAGAUCUUCGAAGUCGAUGUUGAGAUCGCCAAACAGUCAGUCACCAUCAAGACUAUGUUGGAAGAUUUGGGAAUGGAUGAUGAAGGAGAUGAUGAUCCAGUCCCACUUCCUAAUGUGAACGCUGCUAUUCUCAAGAAGGUGAUCCAAUGGUGCACUCAUCACAAAGAUGAUCCCCCUCCCCCAGAGGAUGAUGAGAACAAGGAGAAGAGGACGGAUGACAUUCCUGUAUGGGAUCAGGAAUUCCUCAAAGUGGACCAAGGCACCCUAUUUGAGCUCAUUCUGGCUGCCAACUAUCUGGACAUAAAAGGCCUGUUAGAUGUCACCUGCAAGACAGUGGCCAACAUGAUAAAAGGCAAAACCCCAGAAGAGAUCAGGAAGACAUUCAACAUCAAAAAUGACUUCACAGAGGAGGAAGAAGCCCAGGUACGCAAAGAGAACCAGUGGUGUGAAGAGAAGUGAAGGGGAGGAUCCUGCCAACACUACCACACUGAAAAGGAUUGUUCCAGUUUACUGGCUGCACUGGCGCUGUUCAUACUUGUUAAUAUUUACAUUUAGUCCCCGCUUCCUUUCUUUGUACCGGUAGCAUGACCGUUCUUGAUUUUAUUGUCUGGUGCAAAUAAUUUAACUUAAGGAGAAAAAAACCCCCUUUUUAUUCCAUGUUUUCUGCACACCUAAUCUCACGUAGUGUAAUAACAUGAAUUAGGUAGUUGGGGUUUUCAUCAUCCCGUUAGGAAUAGAUGAUGCACUUUCCAACCUAUUUCUAAUUGCUAUGGUUUUUUUUUCUUUUCCGGACGUAUUGUUUAUUUUGAGUCAGCAGGUGAAAUAAAGUGGCUUUUUUGACAAAUGAAGUGGAAGGUUUAAUAGUUCUUGUGCUGUGAAUGCCUCUGUUCUGUGUUAUCCUUGGGACUUGUUGAAAAAGGACAAGCUAUCAUAAGUAUUCAAGGAUGUCUGAAGUUAAAGGUUAAGAAAGCUGUGUACAAUGUCCUGUGGACUAGAAGUACCUGUAAAGAUAACAUUUUCACUCCCGUUCAUGUUGUAUUGGAUUGGAAUCUGCUGACAAUGGCAUUUGGGGUUAUUGUUACUGGAGAAAAUAAAUGACACAAAAAGGUAA